AUGGAGACUAUGGAAAUCAAAAUUACGGAUUAUUUCAAAGUGCAGCCUACAAAACUUUAUAUGAAUGACAGACCGAAGAUGUAUCCAGCAGCCCCUCCGAAAACAGGUGACCCUUUAACUCAGGAAUAUCAUUCCGAACUGACGGAAAGUUUAAAAGCAUUUCAAAAUAAACCAUGGAAACCUCUUCCAGUUCAGAAACAGGCGGUGCCAGUUAUCAUCACAUGUCCAGCUCCUAAAAAGGCCAAAAGACAAAUUAUUAUGUCGAGAAAUCGACUGGUAGUUCCAGCAUGGGAACCACCAUCCAGACCUCGUUCUGUUCUCUCCGACAACGCACGUCCAAUGAGUUCCUCCUCCCGUCCGGAAACACCACACGUCCAACCAGGAAACUUCGACACCCUUGAUUCGGAGACUUUAGCUAGGCUGAUUGGCCUCGAAAGACCGACUAGUGUGUACGGAGAAAGAUGCGAUCUUUCGGAAUAUCUGGAUAAAAUUCCCAAUGACGACGAUGACAGUAGCAUCGGCAGUGAUUGGUCACUUCUGGAAGACUGGGAGGAACCGGAAGUGCAUCAGUACCAAGCUUGUUCGAUGGCGGAUUUCAAUAUGCGACCAGAGCAGUUAGAUUUGAUAGACAUUCCCGUGGACAGAAAGGAACGAAAGUUGUAUGAUUUUGAUGCGAACAACCGCGACGUUCCCCAUCCACACGAUUAUAAAGAUAUUCUGCCAAAAGGCGCGCGAUAUUUGGAUUUUUCUGUCGUUGCUAAGCAAGGUUUAGAAUGGCGCAAUUUGACAGAAAUGCCUCAAUCGCAGACGAUUGUAAGAAUGUAUGAUCGUUUGGUUCAUCUGGAAAAACUUCAAAACGAGACAAUUCAAAGGGAAGAAAAGAAAAACCGGCCAGUCAGCAGACGACAAACUUUGGUGCGCUCCCUUAGUGCUAAAUCACGUGACAAACAAUGCUGCAGCUCCUGUUUGCAAGUCGCCUGCGUCGGAGAUUGUCCUGAAAAAUCCUACGCAAAAUGUUCAAUGUGUAAUAAAGUGCUGUGUCCUGGUUUGUGUUCUACGUCAUACGACACGCACAUGCGUUCAAACGUCACCACAGACGACUUGCCAUCACAGCAGAAUUCACCCCCGAAAACCAGGAUAUGUCUCUCCUGUACUAAAAAGAACACAGCAAAGUUAAUCAACGCAAAUAAUAAGUUGUUGGGUCGGCCUAAAUCAAGCAAUGCGACUUUCAGUAGGGGACGUAACUCAGUCAAACCUAAAGAUAUUCGACCGAAAUCAGCCGUAGACUAUACGACGGAAACGUUUCAGCAAUUUGACAAUCUUGGUCUGGAUUCACCCAGUCGACCCUCCACUGCUGUGUCCGUCUCCAGCAGACCCCGGAGUCGCAAUGGAUUACUUCCGGGUAAAACAUUCUCGUCCAAUAGGAAAGCGUCUAUCAGUGAUGCUAAAUAUAAAAGUGCUUGUCGGGUAAGAAAUAGGUCACCGCGACCUAGAUUGAACAUCAGUCAGUCCAUUUCUUGA